AGGAGCGGGCGGGCGAACGCUCGGGGAACGGCGGUGUGGCCGCAGCGGCCUCCCCGCGAAAGGCUUGUGGGACGGGGGAGCCCGGCCUGACCGGGACUCUGUCAGCUUAAGGAGAACCUGUCUUCAGCUUCUUUGGGCAAAAAGCAUCUGACUUUGCAAGACUGACUUGGCAAGAAGUGAAUGAUGCAGCCACCACCUCAGACCGUUCCUUCUGGAACUGGUGGACCACCUCCGGUAGGAGGUCCUCGUAAUAUGUAUUGGUCUAACAGCCCAUUUAGCAGGCGGGCUAAUGCACCAGUGACCACUGUAGCUGGCCCAGUGCAACCUGUAACAGAUCCUUUCGCAUUUGGCAGACAGACUCCACAAGGAACAGCAUUAGGCAAUCCGUCCAAAGGCAACUCACUUGUUAUGCAAGGUCCUUCCCCACCAAUAUUUUCUCAGCCACCUGGUAUGCAUGUACCUCAUACCCAUGCAGGGGAUAAUUCGCAAGGACCUUAUACAUCUUUGUCUGGGCCUGUAUCACAACCUGGAGUAAAUACUGACUCGUUUACAAAUAUAUUGGCUCCUGCUGUGCUGCCUGGACAUGUUAUGAAUAGUAGUACAGAAAUUCAUCCAACUGCAGAACCUGGAAUUCAGGCUUCAUCUGUUCCUUCACAUUACAAUCCUGGAGCAGGACUUGAAAAUUCUUUUGGGGAACAUCUUCAGAGUGGUGUGCCUCUGCCUUGUAGGCCACUAAGUCGGCAAGAUCCAAAUGGUGGCACUACAGCAUCAUUCUUUCCUCAACCUCAUCAGCAAACCCCAGUUCAGUGGAGACCAGUUCAAGGAAGUCCACAGUCUUCAGUUCAGAAUUACUCACCAUACAUUGAACCACCUUCUCAGAAUGCAGUUUCUCUUGCUUCUGGUAGUUCUCAUUUUCUUCCUCAAGCAAAUAUGCAUCAAGUUCCUGGACAUCAGCAACAUGUUCCAUUAGUUUCUACAUCAGGACCCUUGGUUGGCAACGAAAGGAAUGAGAUGGUCCCUUCUCAGAGUAACAACUACACAGCAAAUAACUUUCAGCCUGAAAAUAUGUUUAGGCAAAAUCCAGGAGUUAAUAGUAGUUGGCCCAGUCAGGAUUUUAGGCAGAAUCUAGGAGUGAGUAAACAGCAAUUACCAGACCUUACUCUAAUUAAUCCCAUUGCUCAGGGAAAUAGCUUAGAAAACCAACCACAGUAUAGAACUGAGGCUGUAACCAGUCAUGUACUCCCAGAAGCAAAUUCAGGAACUAUCACAAUGUUUUUCAAAGGGGAAGAGGCAGAAAAUGAGGAAAAUCUUUCUUCAGAAAAAGCCGACACUACUGUUAAGUCUGACUUUGAUGGCUUUCUGCCAGAUUCUGGACAUGGAGGCCAUCACCUUCCUCAUCCUAUGCCGGUUGGAGCAAGUGUCCCUUUUCAGGCAUCAGUUCAUAAAGGUUCAGCUAAUGAGUCUGCUCAACAGGGAAUAGAGGCCCAGCAAUACUUUUCUCAAUCUACAAGUAACCAACAUGAUAAACAAACCACUAAAAACUGUGACAUUUAUGUUAAUGAAGACAAGGCUUGUACUGUUAAAACUUGUGGUGCCAUUGGCUCACAGUAUGAAAAUGUUGAGAACUUAGAAUGCAUUCAGAAUCAAGAAGUUCCACCAAGUGAACCCCCAAAUUUGAAUCCUUCCUCUUCAAAUGAUCAGUUCAGAUAUGGGCCACUCCCAGGGCAGUCUGUUUCAAAGCACAGUAUUGUAAGUUAUGCUGAAGGAGGACCAAAUCUAGAAGCACCUGAUUCAAUACCUCAUCCAGUCCGAUCUGAUAGUGUAUCCUCCAGCUAUAGUAGUGUGAGUCAUAGGAGUAUUUCUAGUUCAACAAGACCCCAAGAAUCAGUGGGCACAUUUAUUCAGCAAGAAGUUGGGAAGCCUAAUGAAGAGACUUCAGAUAGUUUCUUUAAGCAGAUUGAUUCUUCUCCUUUAGUAGGAGAGACAAAUGAUAAUAUAAACAAGAAUUAUCAUAGCAGUCUCUCCCAGCCUCCAACUCCAAGCCCUCCUAAACCGACAGGGAUAUUUCAGACAAGUGCAAAUAGUUCUUUUGAACCUGUAAGGUCCCAUGGAGUUGGGGUAAAACCUGUUGAGGCAGACCGAGCAAACGUGGUAGGUGAACUGAGAAAGAACCAUUCCAAGCGGAACAACAGUAAACCAACUGUUACGGUACCGGCUGCUUCACCAGGUAAUCUGGAACAACCUCCAGACAACAUGGAAACAUUCUUUACCCCACAUGCACAUCCUUUGCCUCUUGCAACAACUGAUGAAACUGUUAAUGUGCUUCCUCAUGGCGGGGGAGGUCUUUUGGAAAACGUGCCCAUGGCAUCUGAAAAACGACCCUCAAGGCCUCAAGUUACCACUAAAAAGUGUGAGAGCCCUGCAACUACUUUGUGGGCACAGAAUGAACUACCUAACUUUGGAGGAAAUGUCCUCCUCGCACCAGCUGCUCCUGCACUUUGUGUACCUGCUAAAACACAGGCUUCUGAAAUUAUUCAGCCUCCAGAUGAGGGAUUAUCCAGUCUGCAGCCAUGUAAACCAGGCUCUAUUCCUAUGCAUACCCCUCAGGAUGGCAAUGUAUCCUCUGAAAAUCUUGAGAACCCUCCCAAAAUGGGAGAAGAGGAGGCCCUUCAGUCUCAGGCAAGUUCUGGUUAUGCAAGUUUAUUGUCCUCACCACCCACUGAAUCUUUACAAAAUCAACCAAUCUUGAUUGCCCAGCCUAAUCAGAGCUGUAAUUUGACCCAGCCCAUAAAUUUUUCUGUUUCCUUGUCUAAUCAGUUAAAUCAUAAUGAAAAUAAUCGUUCUUGCAAAGAUCCUGCAGUGGGGGACAAGUCUGCCCCAAGUAGUCAGCCUCUGUGUGUUGGCGUACCUGGGGAAAGCAUUCCCUUGUCUGGGACUCAAGCUACAUCUCCUGUUAAUUCACCAUUACCUACCAAUCAUUCCCAUACUAAUUUUUCACAAAGUCCUGGUACCACUUCUGAAAUGGUUUCUAAUCAAUCUCCCAAUUUACUAGUUCAACCACCAUCUCAUCAGAUGCCACUUAACUUGGUUCCAGAAUAUCAAAAAAAUCAGAAUUCAGAAAGUGUUCCUUCUGAAUUUGCCAUUAAACCAGUGGUUAAUUUGUCUGCUUCUCCGGGGUCUAAUCUCCCUACUGGAAACACCGGUGUAAUGUUAGUUCCACCAGUGAACAGCACCCUAAUACCCCAUGCUAAUAAAGCAAAUCUCACCAAUUAUCAGGAGGAAACCUCUGGAGCACUUGAUUUUACACUGAGCCGGACUCUGGAAAGUCACAGUACAGACAAUUCUGUGCAAGCACAUAAUACAUCACAUGCUAGUGGUCCAACUUUUUCUCACCAAGCCAUCACUAAUCAUAAAAGUCAGCCUGGGCCUGAAUUGCAUGAUAAAGAACAUUUCUACCAACAGGUAACAAAAGAUGUACAGCACCAGAUUGCUCUUGAUAAAUCCCAGCCAGAGGCCUUACCUCCUCAGCAACAAGGGUCACCAGCUGCUCAGGUGCCCAAGACAGUAUCUGAUUCUUCAAACUCUGGAAAGCAACCUGAUUUGUUACCAUCAGGAAAUUCACCCCAGCUCCCAAGCCAGGGUAAGGUGGAGCAGCAACAGCUCUCACAGUCAUCUAGUAUUCCAGCAACCUCAGCCCACUUUAGCCAACCAGCUAGUCAGCAAGAGCAGCAGUGGCCACCAUCACAGACUCCUCAGAAUGCUUUUGGUCCGCCUCAGAACCUGUCGGCUUACUACUAUUACAGGCAUCUUUAUGAUACCUACCAACCUCAGUAUCCACCACCCUAUCCUUCAGAUCCUAGAACAGCUUCCCUUUAUUACCCGGAGGAUGCCUAUGGCCCAUAUGACCCUCGUUAUAGACAUUAUGAUAAAAGUGUUGCUUAUGCUGAAAACUAUAGAUAUGCUGAGCCAGAGCGUCCAAGUUCCAGAGCUAGUCACUGCUCAGAUCGACCAUCUUCCAGACAGGGGUAUCCUGAAGGAUAUUAUGCUUCCAAAGGUGGAUGGAGCAGUCAUAGUGAUUACUAUGCAAAUUAUUACUCCGGCCAGUAUGAUUAUGGAGAUACAAAUCGCUGGGAACGGUAUCAGUAUGAUCACAGGUUUAGAGACCCCAGGAGCUAUGACCGAAGGUAUUGGUAUGAUACUGAACAUGAUUAUUACAGGAAAGAAGCAUAUCCUUAUGGUGACAGACAUGAAAAAUAUGAUGAUCACUGGAGGUAUGACCCUCGUUUUGCUGGGAGCUUUGAUGAUGAACCAGAACCUCACAGAGAUGCUUAUGAUGAUGAUAGGCGUAGUAUCCACAGUGAACAUUCUGCCCACAGUCUCCAUAGCACCCACAGUCUACAGAGCCGCCAGAGCAGCUUCAGCUCACGUUCUCAUCAAAGCCAGGUUUAUAGAAACAAUGAUGUAACUGCUAAUUCAUAUGAACGCCCGGCUGCACCAGCCUCACUUCCUGGAGAUUAUUCCUAUGGUGUUUAUGGUAAUAAUUUCAAUGGUGCACAGGGUUUUACAGAGUAUGGCUACCCUACAGAAACAGGAUGGCCAACUUCAGAACAAGUUCCAUCAAGACCAACUACACCUGAGAAGUUUUCAGUGCCUCAUGUCUGUGCAAGGUUUGGCCCUGGAGGCCAUCUUAUUAAAGUGCUUCCAAACUUGCCUUCUGAAGGACAGCCAGCUUUGGUUGAGAUACACAGCAUGGAGACUAUGUUGCAGCAUACUUCUGAACAGGAAGAAAUGAGAUCCUUCCCUGGACCUCUUGCUAAAGAUGAUACCCAUAAAGUGGAUGUUAUAAAUUUUGCACAGAAUAAAGCAACAGAAUGUUUGCGGAAUGAAAAUCUAAUUGAUAAAGAAUCUGCAAGCCUUCUUUGGGAUUUUAUUGUACUGUUAUGCAGACAGAAUGGGACUGUCGUGGGAACAGACAUUGCAGAGCUCUUGCUACGAGAUCACAAAACAGUAUGGCUUCCCGGAAAGUCACCCAAUGAGGCAAACCUGAUUGAUUUUACUAAUGAGGCUGUGGAGCAGGUGGAGGAGGAGGAGUCUGGUGAAGCUCAGCUCUCAUUUCUCACUGACAGUUUGAUAACCACUAUUGAUAGUCUUGAAAAAGAGACAGAGAGGUUUAGAGAGCUUCUUCUUUAUGGGCGUAGAAAGGAUGCUUUGGAAUCUGCUAUGAAACAUGGCUUAUGGGGACAUGCUCUGUUACUCGCUAGUAAAAUGGACAGCCGAACACAUGCAAGAGUUAUGACCAGGUUUGCCAACAGCCUUCCAAUUAAUGAUCCCUUACAAACUGUUUACCAGCUCAUGUCUGGAAGAAUGCCUGCUGCAUCCACAUGUUGUGGAGAUGAGAAAUGGGGAGAUUGGAGGCCUCAUCUUGCUAUGGUUUUGUCCAACUUGAAUAAUAAUAUGGAUGUAGAGUCAAGGACAAUAGCCACCAUGGGUGAUACUCUUGCUUCUAAAGGCCUCUUAGAUGCUGCACACUUUUGCUAUCUGAUGGCCCAGAUUGGAUUUGGGGUUUAUGCUAAGAAAACUACAAAACUUGUCCUAAUUGGAUCAAAUCACAGUUUGCCAUUUUUAAAAUUUGCAACCAAUGAAGCUAUUCACAGAACAGAAGCUUAUGAAUAUGCACAGUCACUGGGAACCCAGCCAUGCUUCUUGCCUAAUUUCCAGGUAUUCAAAUUCAUCUAUGCUUGUCGACUGGCUGAAAUGGGACUUGCUGCACAGGCCUUUCAUUACUGUGAAGUCAUUUCUAAAACCAUUCUCAAACAACCGCGCCAGUAUUCACCGGUGCUGAUUAGCCAGCUCAUUCAGAUAGCCUCCCAGUUACGACUCUUUGAUCCUCAAAUAAAAGAGAAACCAGAACAGGAAUCAUUUAUUGAACCUACUUGGUUAAUACAGCUCCAGCAAUUGAAGAGGCAGAUAGAGGAGGGUGAUAUAAUUUGGAAUCAGGACAGAGCAACGCCACGUCAGUACCCAAGUACACCAAGCUCUGAACUGGAGCAAUAUGAUGGCACAGGACAUGGUCAAGAAAUUGGCCCAGGAACUGACAACCCAUUAUUAGCAUCAUUGUUGCCUAAUACAGAGCAGUCUAACCAAAACAUUCGCCUUAUGCCUUCAGCUCCUCAGACUAUCCUUGAAAAUUCAGGCAGUAUGCCUGCCUCCUUCCAACAAGAAAAACCUGACAACGUACCCUUCUAUCCAGUGCCUCCUGGACCUAUUGGGCAUACCCCUGUAUAUGGACCACUAGUGUCUGUACCUGGGUUUUCAGAUCCAUAUGGUCCUGAGCAUACAACUGUGUAUCCAGGGCCUAAUGUGUCACCAGGUGGGCAACCUCUCCAGUUGACAGAUCAGCUGCCAGAAGAGUCUAGGAACCAGGACACAGGAAGAGUGCCACAAGAAUCAUCCAUUAGGAACUCUAUUUCAGAACAAAGAGAAGAGGAUUUUGGUGGGAAAUUUGCCAAUAUGGCGUCAGGACGAAGAUCCAGAACUACCUCCCAGUCUUCAGCACACAUGGAGUAUUCCAGAAAGUGUCAGAACACUGAAUCCUAUAAAGGACGAGAGCGUUCUAAUUCUGCUGGGCAGCAGCCUUCUCCCCCUUCAACUUUUGCUGCUGAAGUAAAGAGACCAACCAAAGAGGUCAAAAAAGAGCCCAAGGAACCUAAAAAGAGUGGUGAGUCUUGGUUUUCUCGUUGGCUACAUGGGAAAAAGAAGACAGAAGCUUAUCUGCCAGAUGACACAAACAAAUCAAUUGUUUGGGAUGGAAAGAAACAGCGCUGGGUGAAUUUAGAUGAGCCAGAAGAAGAGAACAAACCACCGCCUCCACCUCCAACAGCAUUUCCUAAGUUUUCUCAGGUUGCUGCUCCUCCAGGUCCUGGUGGCUCCCCCAAUACCUCUGUUAACAUGUUUUCCAGAAAAGCAGCAGAAACAAGAGCUCGUUAUGUUGAUGUUUUAAACCCAAGUGGAACAAAACAAAGUGCACCUGUUCCUGCACCCUCAGAUUUAUUUGCUCCACUAGCACCACUUCCUAUUCCUUCAAACUUGUUUGUACCAAAUUCAGGUAUGCCAGAGGAGCAGCCUUUGGAAAACAGUGGCCUAGAGGGGCAGACACCAGAUGCAUACCAACCUGAUCCAGAGCCUGCUACUGAACCACAGUUGUUAAACUCUGCCACAUUGCUACCUGGUUCAGAAAACUCAUCUUCGAAUAUGGAUGGUCGCCAAUCAGGAGAGCUUUCGCGCUGUAGUUCAAUGAGUUCAUUAUCACGUGAAGUAAGCCAGCAUUUUAAUCAGCCUCCCAAUCUGCCAUCAUCAGGAGGAGCUACAGUGGGAACAGUACCAUUUUAUAAUCCUUCUCAAUUUGCACAACCAUCUGCCAUCACUGGAAGCUCCAGGCUGGGAAGAAUUGGUCAGAGGAAGUAUCCAACACUGAAGUAGACUGUUUUGUCUUUUGAAUUAGUUAUUGGAACACUUGAAAUUCUUCUGAUAUACUGAUAAUUCAGAUUUAUUGCACAUGGUAGAGCUACUCUGUUCUGAAAUUGACAUAGCAGUAAUUUAAUACUGAUUUUUCUUCUGGUUUCCUUUUCUUGCAGUCCAUGUGUGAAUUAUGGUCAAAAAUAAUUCCACAUUUUCUUUAAGAUCCUCGUUGGAAAGGCUGAAUCUAUGAAGCUUUAGAGGGAAAUAGUUGAUGUCUGUUACUCAUACCAACUUCAGAUCUGCAACCAAAGGCAGUUCCCUCAUCAUAAUUUUGGAACCUAGUAGAGUGAUUUAAGAAUGCAAAGUUAGUUUUUGCCCUAGUUACAGAAGUGCAUUUCCUUUCCUGUAGCAAGUAUGUUUUCAUUUUUACUUAACUCUCUGUGGCCUUACUAGGACCAUGACUAAUUUUAAUGCACAUAAAGUUACAGUGAUGUUUGUCUAUAUAUGAAGGGUGUUCAGUUAUUAAGAGAGCAUCAGCAAAAGAACGUGUAUUUUAAGCUAUGACUGGCGCAUACCGAUCUUGGGGGCCACAGCUGAUCCAAAUUAACCAUUGUGAAAUGAAAACUGUGACUGUAAUAAAUUUGGUUUGGAUUUUACCUAGUAUGUAUGUAGCUUGUGUUUAGGCUCAUUGUAAAAGAAAUUGUAUAGUAAAAAAGCUCUUGUAUAAUAGUCAGUGCCGUACUCUUCUGAGGAGUGAUUUUUUUUUUUACAGUGCAAUAUGGUUAAGUUGCUUUUUUUUCUCUCAUACUAUUGGCACAGUUUCAUUCCAAUGGUCACAUCUUGAAAAUGGUUAAACAAUAGAAUACUGUCUGAAAUCCUGGAAUCUGUUAUUACUGCCCCCAAAACAGUUUCCAUAUUAAGGUCUUAAGUAGCUUAUAUGUUGAAUAUCAGUCAUGCUAAACUGCAAAUAUAGACCUCUACCUAAUGAACUUGAAAAUCUUUUAGGUUUAAUUUAGAAUAUUUUCAAUACUAUUCAUACUGGUUAAGUCUGAAGAGGCCCAAUGAGAGAGAAGAUUUAAUAUUUAUAAAAUCAAUAGGUCAUACUUUCUUUAGGUUUUGCUGGGGGAAGAUGAAUAAUUUGUUACUUUGGUAUUUGAACUUCUAAGAGUAGAAAUGAUGUAAAUGUGGAAUUAGCACUGGUCCUUCCUUUUUAUCUAGCUAACAUUUGGAUUAAAUGGGAGAGAGAAACUUAAAUUCCAAAAUGUUUUGCAGGGUUGUACAAUUAAAUGUAGAAUUCAUUUAUUUCAACUUAUAAAAAGGCAAGUCCUGGUGGAAAUAGUCUUUUGUUUAAUGGUCCAUAAUCUUAACUCCUGGACUUUCUCAUCAGCAGUCAAUGUGAUUUUUUUUGGUCUUCAAAACUUUGUUUGGAUCGUUGGCUUCCUACAGUUCAGCCCUGCUGCUGAUUGUUCUUUCCGCGUAGACUGCCAAACACCUUUUAAUUCAAGAAGGCUUCCUCUGAUCUGGGAGCUGCUAUUUUUCCUAAAAGUGUUAGAUUUGACACUGUAAAUUCUUAAAUAAAAUAUUUUGCGCUCUGGAGCACUUUCAUAUUUUA